AUGAUACUUAAGACUGCUGAAGUAAAAGCCAAGGAUGACGAGAUUCCAUUGAUUGUUGUAGUAGAAACAGCAACUUCUGAAGCCGAUGCACUUGAUGUUGGAACCAAAACUGAUGAACAGAAACAGCACGAGACUCAAGAACAACGUCAGGAAGAGCAGCCUGAAGUUUCACAGGAGAUGAGUGGUGAAACUGCUCUAGAAGAGUUGGCUCUGGAUGAUAGUGUCAAUAAGGAGGAUGGUGUUGUCAACGAAAAAGUCUUUGAAGGCCCAGAGAAAGACACAGAUACAGUUGUUCAGGACGAGAGCGUUUCCCAGAAUGGUUUAGCCAAGGAAGAGGACGCUACAAAGGAAAGAGAAUCUCAAGAUGAUAGUCCUGCUCAAAUUGCAGUUUCCCAGGAGGAUGGAACGGUACCGGAAGUAACUGAGGGCGCUGUGGAAGAAGAGGCAGUUGCAAAUGAGCUUCCUGUUCAGGAAGUUGCUCUCCUUAAAGAGGUGGCUCAAGAGGAGGUGUCUUUUCUUAAAGAGGUAACCGAGAAAGAGAGUGAAAGUGCAGCUCAAAAAGACAAUUCUGCCCAGGAAGAAAUUUCACCGGAUGACACAGCUCUGGAAGAGAUCGGUAGAGAGGACCAAUCUCAAGGAGAAAGAGGAGCCAAAGAGGAGUUAGGUGAGGGGAAAAUUGUUGAUCAGGAAAAAAGUGAAGCAACAAAAGGUGCUGACGAGGUAGAGGAGCCAAAUGGUUGUGAGGUAGAUAGUCGAAGUCGGGAGACAGCUAUAGAGGGAGAUGGUGUUGCUAAGGAGGAAGCCGCUGUUUCCAAGAACGUGGCAUGUGAGAGUGACAGUAACGCUCAGGAGCAUUCAGUGCAAGAUGAUACUUCUGAAAAGGUGGCAGCUCAGGAUGAUUUCAGUCCUCUGGAGACAGCAGGUGAAAAUGAAGAUUCUCAGAAGGUAGCAGUCGUUGAAGACAGUGGUUCUCAAGAAGUAACAGGUGGAGAUAGUGUUACCCAGGAAGUAACAGCUGAGGGAGAUAGUCCUGCACAGGAGCUACAAGUUAAGGAUCGUGCUGUCCAAGAAGCAUCAGCUGAGGCAGACUGUGGUACUCAGGAAGUGACAGCUGGGGCAGAGAACAAUGUUCAGGAAGAAGCAGCUGAAGAAGGCACUGCUCUGGGGGUGACAGUCGAGGGAGACAGUGUUGAACAGGAGACAGUAAGUGAGGGUAGUGCUGAUCAGCAGGUCGCAACUGAGGCAGAUGGUAGUGUUCAGGAAGCAGCGACGGAAGAUGGCACUCAAGAGGUGGCAACCGAUGCAGACAGUAGUGCUCAGGAUCAAGCAACAACUGAUGAUGCUGCUGCUCAGGAGGUAACACCUGAGACAGGUGGUGUUACUCAGGGGGCAGUAAUUGAAGAUGGAGCUGAUCAGCAGGUGAUAACGGAGGCAGAAAGCAAAGCUGAGGAGGUAGAGGCUGCAGAUGGGACAGAAAAUGCAGACAGUGGUGUCCAGAAAGCAGCAAUUGAAAAUGGUCCUGAAGAGGUAACUACUGAAAUAGAUGCUGGUCCGGACGGGAUUGCAGCUGAACAUGAGGCUAACCAGGAAGUUGUAGCUGAGGCGGACAGUAGUGUACAAAAGGCUGCAGAAGACGAUACUGCUCACGGUAUAGUUGAGGCUGACAGUGGUGUUCAGGAGGCAGUAGCUGGGGGUGUUGUCUCCCAGAGAGAGGAAGAUGCUAUCCAGGAGGUAUUGGCUGAGCCAGAUAGUACUAGUAGUGGUCAAGAAGAAGCAGUUGAGGCAGACAGAAAGGAAGAGGCAGUAGCCAAAAAUGUGAAUGAUGAACAGGAGGUUAAAGCAACCCAACAGGAGCUAGUUGAGGUAGAUACCAAGGAGGGCGUGGUUGCUGAAAAAGAGGAUGCCGCUCAAGAGGGGACAGAUAAAGUAGACAUUAGUACCAGUGAAAAAGGUGCUGCGGGUCAGCAGGAGGUAGAAGCUGAAGGGAGAGAUACUCAGGAAGCAGUAGCUGAAGAUGUAGGUGCUCAAGGGGAGUGUUCUACACCUCCUCAAAAUUUGGUAGCUGGAACAGAUGGUGAGGCUCAAGAGCCUGAAGCUGAGGGAAACAGCUCACAAGACUCACCUGAAGGGCAGGCAGUUUCUGAAGCAAGCGCAGCUCAAAGCGAGACUACUGAAGAAAAAACUCAAGAAGAGGACAGCGUUGUUAAGGAUGAGGUGACUAAGAGUGCAAUGCCAAAGGAGGAACAAACUAAGGCGACCGAAGGAGAUGAAGGCGAAAGUAGAAAACCCGAGGCAAGCUAG